CUGGUCUGAUAUUCUAAUGUAACAGAAAUAAACAAAACAAACUUAUCAAAAAAAAGCUGAGAGGUACACUUUUAUUGUCCUGUUUUAUUAUUUUUGCUAGUGGUUUCAUAAGAGUAAAGAAAAAGCUGAUGUAGAAUUCAUUAGACAAACAUAAAUAUAGAAUAGAAGUUUUGCAAUCAUGAACAAAAAAAAGAUAAACAUUGGAAAAAUAAGUUGCAAUUUUGGUCAAAAUGCGGAGGUUGUUGAAGCUACUGGAAAGAUUGGUACUAUUGAGAAAAUUUCCUCAGGGAUUCAGCAAAAACCCAUUCAGAUUGAGUCCCUUGAUGAUGAUAAUGAGCAACAAACAAUGAAGGACAUAAUGGGAAUAACAACAUUUGGGAAGAAAGCUAAAAGUUUUGAUGUUCAGGAAAUGAUGAUACAAGUUACAAAAACUGCAAGAGAAAUUACAAAAGUUCCUGAAGCAGAUAGUAAAGAAUCAGAUAACAGUGAAAGUAGUGAAGAUGAUGAAUUUAUAGGGCCUCCAAUACCAAAAUUUUAUGGUGUACAACCAGAAAAGGAAACUAAAAAGAAAUUAAAAGAGAAAUUAGAUGACAAUACUGAUGAAGAUGAAGAUUCAGACAGUGAAAGUGAAGAACAAAAGGGUUUAAUACCAUGUACUCACAAAGCACAAAUGACACAUGGAAAUAAAGCUGUUACUGCUUUAAGUGCUGACCCAAGUGGGGCACGACUGGCUUCAGGUUCUGUGGAUUAUGAUGUCAGUUUUUGGGACUUUGCUGGAAUGGACUCCACAAUGCGCAGUUUUAGGACAUUGCAACCCUGUGACAACCACCCCAUUAGAGUGCUUCGAUAUUCUGUUACUGGCGACUUACUGUUGGUUAUUUCUGGGGCAGCUCAGGCUAAAAUAUUAGACCGAGAUGGCUUUGAACAAUUAGAAACUGUUAAAGGAGACAUGUACAUUACCGAUCAAGCAAAAACCAAAGGACACACUGCAGGACUGUUAAGUGGAGCAUGGAACCCUGUAAACAGACAGGAAUUUUUGACGACUAGUGCUGAUGGGACGGCGAGAAUAUGGGACCUGAAUAACAGUAAAAAUCAUAAAACACUUGUAAAACUACGAUCUCAAAAUGGUUUGAAAACUUUCCCUACAGCAUGCUCCUUUAGUAGAGACGGUCGUAUUCUUGCAUGUGGUUGUCCAGAUGGGUCUCUUCAACUAUGGGACAUGCGAAAAAGUAUAGUUUCACCUGCAAGUUUGGUUAGGAAUGCACAUCAACAGGCUGAAUUUACUUGCAUUUCUUAUGCUCAUAUAGGUCAUUUUGCAGCGUCCCUUCUAUUAACGCGUAGUUGUGAUGAUACAUUAAAGGUUUGGGACCAACGGAGCCUAAAACAACCAAUCCAUAAAGAAGUAGAGCUUUUUGCACGUUAUGACACAACUGAUUGCCUUUUCAGUCCAGAUGAUUCGGUGUUUGUAACGGGAACUUCAAUAAAUAAAGGAGAAACCGAUGCAAAGCUGCUGUUCUAUGAUACAGAAACAUUCACACUGAAACACUCAAUUUCUUCACCCAAUUCACAUGUUAUCAAAAUUAUUUGGCAUCCAAAACUAAAUCAAAUAUUCGUUGGCACUGGAAGUGGAAUUAUAGAUUGCUACUAUGAUGAUAAAGUUAGUUUGAGGGGAAUUACCCUUUGUGCCGCUAAAUUGCAUCGACGAGUUAAACAUGCAGAGGUGGUCAGCACUCAGCAGGUCAUUACUCCCCACGCGCUUCCUUUGUUUCGUCAGGAACGGCGAAAAACAAGCCGGAAGCAGAUGGAGAAAGAUCGACUGGAUCCCGUUAAAUCCCGAAGACCAGACUUGCCAAUAACAUCCGGCCAAGGGGGUCGUCUGGCUUCAAGCGGAGGCACAUUGAGCAGUUACGUUAUACGAAAUUUAGGUUUAAGUAAACGUGUCGACGACGAUCAAGAUCCACGAGAAGCCAUUCUCAAGUACGCGAAAGAAGCAGAAGAGAAUCCUUAUUGGAUUGCACCCGCUUAUUCUAAAACUCAGCCGAAAUCCAUCUUGGAAGGUUUGGAAGAUGGAGAAACGUCAGCUAAAAAGCAAAAGACAGAAUAACUUAUUUUAAACCGUUUGUAAUAGUACUGCAAAAACUUAACGAAAACACUUGGUAAAAGUUUUGCCUGCUUUUACCGAGUGUUUGUUAAAUUCCAACAGUAGUUUAGUGACGUUUCAAUUUUAACUAUUUAUAAUAGUUAUAUGUAUAAUUGCGUUGUUUUUUAAUUAAAAUAAAAAUA